AUGGCGAUUGAUAGGCUGAUCAAACAGGGUCAUUUAGGCGAAUACAUCGAUAAGCCGCGAAAUAAACGCCGUGAUGAUCCUCCACGCCGAGAUAACAAUCGAGAUCAACAACAAAGACGAGAAGAUGGGAGUCACCGACGUGACCUAGAUAACAAUGAUAACCAGCCUACCCGGGGAAUCAUCUCCUUCAUCUCCGGAGGACCGGCGGGGGGCGAUUCACAGAAUGCAAGACGCACACUCGCUCGAUCAGCGCGCAUGAAUCAAGAACGCGCUUCUCCAUCCGAACGCAUAUAUCAAAUACGAAGACCUGAUCACAGCAUAGUCUUCAACUCCUCCGACCUCGAAGGUCCAGAUGAAGACCAUGUCGAUGCAUUGGUAAUAACAACAACGGUGGCCAACUUCUUGGUCAAGAAGAUAUUAGUGGACGGUGGAAGCUUAGCUGACAUCAUGUACCUCCACGCUUUUAAGCAGCUGGGCAUAGAUAAUGCCCGGUUUAAUCCCGUCUCCACACCCCUGAAAGGAUUCACAGGGGAAGGCAUUUUAUCCAUGGGAGAGAUAGAGCUGCCCGUCUCUUUAGGGGAAGACCCUUGUCGAAUCACCAAGCUGAUCAAAUUCCUCAUCGUCGACAAGCCAUCUCCCUACAACAUCAUCUUAGGAAGGCCAGCCAUCCAUACAUUCAAGUCCGUACCUUCCUCCUACCAUCAGAAGUGGAAAUUCCCUACUCCCUAUGGAAUGGGAGAGAUACUUGGAGACAGACGUCUCGCCCGAGAUGUACCAGACGAUAGCAUCAAGCUAGCAGCUGUUGAAGAGCUUAAGCUCAUAGAGCUCACCCCUGGAGAUAGCUCCAAACUCCUACGCAUUGGAUCCGAUUUAGACCCUGAGAUCGAGAAGCAUUUAGUAGCCCUACAUCGGCUCAACGUCGACAAGAGGUUGAAGCCAGUCAAACAGAGGAAACGGACAUUUGGUCCCGAACGCAACAAGCAUAUCAAAGCGGAAGUGGCAAAACUCCUUGAGGCGGGCCACAUACGACCAGUUCAAUAUCAUGAAUGGUUGUCGAACGUAGUACUCGUUCCCAAACCCGGGGGCAAGUGGAGACUAUGCGUAGACUUCACCGACCUCAACAAAGCUUGUCCUAAGGAUCCUUUUCCUCUACCUAGAAUCGAUCAACUCAUCGAUUCGACCUCAGGAUGCGAGCUCCUCAGCUUCCUCGAUGCAUACCAAGGGUAUAACCAAAUCUUACUUGCGCCAGAAGAUCAAGAGAGGGCUAGUUUCAUCACUGACCAAGGCAUCUACUGCUAUCAAGUCAUGCCCUUCGGGUUGAAAACGCGGGAGCCACCUACCAGCGUCUAG